GACCUGUCGCCGCCCCCGAUGCAAGCUCUUCCAACACCUCCGAUCGCCUCAAAGCAUUGGAGAUGGACGUCGGCUCCCUCAAGGACGACGUGCAGUUACAGCAGACCGCAACGCAACAGUUGGAACAACGGAUCUGUACUGCCGCCAACAACUCGAGUUCAGAACCGCGCGAGACAACUCCAAAGUUUGACGGGCAGGAGAUCUUCUGCGACUCGACGAAGACAAAUCCGAUAUCAUGGUUGCGCAAGUUCGAGCUCACUCUACAGCUACACUACGUCAAGGAACACAAGCACCACACGUACUUAUACUCCCGGUUGGGGGGCGCGUGCCAGGCAUGGUUGGACAAUCUCUUGUCCAAGUACGGAGUAGUAGCUGGCGACUUGCACACCAAGAUCAACUGGGAUGAUCUGAAGGCGGUGUGGCACAAGCGGUUCCAAGUCGAGCCGCCGGAGAUCAAGGCUAUGGACAAGCUCAUGGUCUUCGAACAAGGCACGCUGCCGAGUACCGACUGGAUUGCCGAGUACCAACGCUUGACAUCAGUCCCAGACAUUCAAAUGGGCUUCAAAGCCAUCCGCCACUAUUUCAUCUCAAGGUCGUGUCCGACAUUAAGCAAUGCCCUGACUCACGUCGAGGACACCUUGACGACAACGGCGGAACUCUUUGACAAGGCCGCGCAGAUCAUCAUUACGAACAAGGAGGCUAAGAACCUGCGUUCAUCUGCGUCAGGCCCGAGCAGAGACCAGCAUCGGCCAAGAGUGGCCGUGGUCCCAGCGGCAACGCCGUUUGACCAAACUAGCGAGGCCGUGCAAGGGCAAACAGGGAAACUGAGCGCCGCCGAGAGUGACUCGACGACACUCUCGACGCCUUCGAAACCGGUCGCUUUGCGGGUGACAGUCCUUCGUUCCAAGGCACAUGCGGAAGUCGAUAGUCCUCUUCUAUAUUCUUUUGAGGACUACGCUGCCCGGCUCGUUCCUACGUUGGGUACUCAAGCUCAAGGACAAGACGUGUGUGCAGCAUCUUCUCCGUCCGGCAGCGGCGGCUUAUCGUCUUCAAGUGGUUCUUCACGGGAUUCGGCGCGCGAGUUCAACAUAGAGGUAUUGGACCCGCUCACGUCCGAGGACUUCGCAUGGCUUCCUCUCCCGACCACGGGCCGCCUGCCGGGACCGCAAUGCGCAGCACUAUGCGCUCAUCUCCACACAUACUUAUCCUUCUAUGCACCACCAACUCCGCCGCCGGAUGACGAAGUCGCGGUGGGGGACAUCCUUGCGUAUGUUACCAAGGUGGCCCGCGAGUUUCGCACGCAGCGGUACGAUGACAACAACGCACCGCUCCUUUAUGUCCGCAUCCAAGUUGGGCAAGUGUCUUGCAGCGCUUUGCUGGAUAGCAGAGCGACUCGCAAUUUCAUGAGCCAAGCGUUUAUGCAAAGGGCUGGCCUUGGCGCACAAGUUCGGAGGAAGGCAAACUUGACGACGAUCAAGUUGGCAGGCAAAAGGACGCAACAACUUAUCAACCRUUACUUCGAGGCCGCACCGGGGUAUUUCGCACCUCAUGCAUGCGAACCGGUGACGUUCGACAUUUUGGACACGGACAUCGAUAUCAUUWCGGGAAUGCCUUGGYUUGCAAGUGCGGAUCACACGGUCAACUUCCACCGGCGGACUCUUAGCGUUCGCGACGCCUUCGGCGCCGAAGUACCGUACGGUCUGUACGAGUUUGUGGUGAUGUGCUAUGGCCUUUGCAAUGYGUCGGGUACAUUCCAGCACACCAUGAAUAGGAUCUUCCAUGACUACUUAGAUAAGUUCGUCGUCGUGUACCUCGACGAUAUACUUAUCUUUAGUAAGAYUGUCGAGGAGCAUGCUCAGCAUGUAGAUAAAGUCAUCUCACUCCUUCKGCAGCACAAGUAUAAGAUAAACAAAGAGAAAURGGAGUUCGGUCGCAAUCGAAUCUUGUACUUGGGUCAUGAAGUAUCCUCCGAUGGGAUUAGGCCGGAAGAUGCGAAGGUGGCUAGGAUACGUGACUGGCCACGACCYUASUCUGUGACUGAGGUCAGAUUAUUCUUGGGAAUGUGUGGUUAUUAUCACAAUUUCGUAAAGAAUUAUAGUAUGAUCGCAUCUCCCUUGACUGAUCUAACUCGACUUGACACGCCAUGGGACUGGACCGACGAGUGUGAGGCAGCAUUCAAGCGUUUGAAGCAUGCUCUCAUGGUACCCGAUCCGCAAAGGCCAUUUGUUGUAACCACUCUCGCAAGCCAAUAYGRCAUUGGCGUAGUGUUGGCUYAACAGAAAGGGAAAAAGUUGAAACCGGUCGAGUACAUGAGCAAAAAGAUGUCAUCAAAGAAGUUGGCAAAGUCCACCUACGAGAGGGAACUCUAUGCUCUCUACAAGGCACUUGYCCACUGGAGGCWCURUCUAUUAGGAAGGUUCUUCUAUUUGAGAACUGACCAUCAGACCCUCAAGUCGAUCAAGACCMAACCAGUUGUCUCCGAUGCACUCAAACGCUGGAUUGAAGUCAUAGAUCAAUAUGACUUCAAACUAAACUAUAUGAAGGGAGAGUACAACAAGGUUGGGGACGCAUUGUCUAGAAGGGCAGAUUACCUAGUUGCGCUGAUUUCCGAGUUUGGCUUAUCUGAAGACGUGACUCGAUCUUUGGGAGAAGCCUACAAGGAAGAUCCCAUCACGAUGGAUAUCAUCAAUAAACUGCAGGCCAAAGACAAGGCCACCACUGACGAGUUUGCGAUGGUGGAUGGGUUACUCUUUCCUGAAAAGGCGGGGUUUAAAAGGUUAGUUGUUCCAUCUAGGGAAGUUUUGCGUAGUUUAUUUUUAGGUGAGUGCCAUGACGCAACGGGACAUUUCGGCUACAAGAACACUAGUGUUAAUUUAAUACAGCGACUUUGGUGGCCUAACAUGCUAGACGAUGCAAAGAAAUACGUAGAGACCUGCCAGGUCUGUCAACGGGACAAGCCGCGGACUCAAGCUCCGCUUGGGUUACUAAAGCCUCUACCCAUUCCUACUGGCCCAGGGCAAAGUAUCUCCAUGGACUUCAUGGAUACUCUCGUGACCAGCAAGAAUGGCAAGAGGCACAUCUUCGUCAUAGUUGAUAUGUUCACUAAGUACGCUAGACUAAUUGCCAUGCUGGAGACUGCCACGACUGAACAUGUCAUCGAGUUAUUCAUGGAUAACUGGGUGCGUGACUUUGGACUGCCAAAGACAAUCGUUAGUGAUAGAGAUGUGCAUUUCACAAGUGAGAUGUGGAAGAAGGCUGCUGAACAGAUGGGCAGCCAGCUUCAGAUGACUUCAGGGAAUCAUCCCGAAGCAAAUGGGUAGGCUGAACAGAUCAACCGUGUGGUGCAGCAUCUGCCGAGGCAUUACAUCAAGCCCAACCAGGAUGACUGGGAUGAGAAAUUACCUCUCAUCGCCAGCCUGUACAACAAUGUUGUACAUAGCACCACCAGCAUGAGUCCUAAUCAGCUGCAUCUGGGAUGGAAUCCUAGAUCUGCUCUACACUGCCUCCUGUCUGAAAACCGAAUUGUUGCAACUCCUGGAACCAUUGAAUUUCGUGUCCAGUAUGAGAAAUUGUUGCAGCAGACUGUCGAACACAUCAAGACACCUCAGGAAGCUAUGAUUGCUUCUGAGAACAAACGUCGCCGACAAUC